AAAAGACAUCUAAUGAAUUAAAAACUUCGAUGGCUAAGUGUGGGGUGCAGCAAGCACCACCCCUGUUAGGAUGUCUAGCAAUUAUUAUUUAUUGUCAGGAAGCUUCCAAGACUUUUUAUUUUCCAAGUGGAAGUCUUCCGAGUCGUCUUGGCUGGUAUUUGAUGCCCUGCAAUUAUUUCCUUCUGAACCUCACGCCUAGCGGUCUUUGUGGGCGAUUUCAUUUCCACUUGUCAUCUUCUGACGAUGCCUUUGCUGAAGGGUUAGAUCGGCCAAGCCAAGACAAGCAGUCUAGUCGGAAAAGUCAUUCGAAAAGACUUCCAGACAAGCUCAUCCAUCGCAAAGGCCCCUCUAUUUCCAUUAUCUUCUCCCGGUUUUUUUCUCAAGUCAUCAUGGCAGCAUCCAUCGUGCUUCCGUUCCUCGUUCUUCUCUUAGCGUGCUCUUCCCUCUCUGUUGGUAUCGAUUUUACCUACAAUGGUUUCAAACCAGCCACCAGUCUGAGCUUAGAUGGCUAUGCUCGCAUCACAUCCGAUGGCGUGCUUCAGCUCACCAAUGACACUAGCAAAGUGACGGGCCAUGCCUUCUUGUCCUCACCAAUUCAAAUGCUGCUCAACACUCGCUCCAUGACGCCGACUACAAUCUCCUUCAGCACCACCUUCGUCUUCGACAUCAUCACUGUUGGGAACGGAGGCGGCCAUGGCUUGGCCUUCGCAGUGGCCCCUACAAAGACUCUCGAAGGCAGUUGUUGCCACUACCUUGGCCUCCUCAAUAAGAGUAGCAAUGGAAAUUCUUCCAACCAUGUCUUUGCGGUGGAGUUUGACACCGUUCAGGGAUCUGAUCAGUUCAAGGACAUCGAUGACAACCACGUUGGUGUCGAUAUAAACAGCCUUGUUUCCAAUGUUUCGAAAACUGCCUCGUACUACACUAAUAAUUCCAAGAUGGUGGAUUUUGAACUGGAGAGUGGGCAGCCAAUUCAGGCCUGGAUAGACUACGAUGGUGUUGCAAAAAUUUUGAAUGUGACCAUUUCUCCCAUCUCUGUAGGCAAACCAAGACGACCUCUCAUAUCAUACGCCAUCGAUCUGUCUUCAAUUCUUAAGGAGUACAUGUAUGUUGGUUUCUCUGCAUCGACGGGGAAGCUCUCGAGUUCUCAUUACAUCUUGGGAUGGAGCUUUCGGACCAAUGGAGUGGCGCGCUCCCUUGAUGUAUCUCACCUACCCCUUCCUCCACAACCAGCGAAAUCUUCGUCGACUUCCAAAGCCUCUGGAAUCAAAAUUGGGGUCAUAUCUUCUCUUGCCACCCUUCUCUUGGUGGCGGUUGCAUUCUCUGUUUCCUGGCAGUCAUGGCGGAGGGCAAAGCUUGCAGAGACUCUUGAGGACUGGGAAUUAGAUUAUCCUCAUAGGAUCCCAUAUAAGGACCUUUACAAGGCAACCAAAGGAUUCCAAGAGACCGGGCUCCUCGGGUCGGGUGGCUUCGGCCUUGUGUACAAGGGAACCCUACCACGCACUGGAGAAGAAGUUGCAGUCAAGAAGAUCUCUAGUAAUUCCAGGCAAGGAGUGAGAGAAUUCAUAGCAGAGGUGGCGUGCUUGGGCCGCAUGAGGCACAGGAACUUGGUGCAGCUCCAAGGAUGGUGCAAGCGAAACGAAGACCUCCUUCUGGUCUAUGAGUUCAUGCCCAAUGGCAGCCUUGACACCUUCCUCUUCGAAAGUGAGAAGUGUGGGCUGUUGAGUUGGGAUCAACGGUUUAAGAUCCUCAAGGGAAUUGCUUUGGGACUCGUCUACCUACACGAAGAAUGGGAGCAAGUUGUUGUCCACAGAGACAUCAAGUCUAGCAAUGUUCUAUUGGAUGCUGACAUGAAUGGAAGGUUGGGCGACUUCGGUCUUGCUAGAUUGUACGAGCGUGGCAAGAAUUCUCACACGACACGUGUGGUUGGAACCUUAGGAUACAUUGCACCAGAACUGUCGCGCACCGGCAAACCCAUGGCCAGUUCGGAUGUCUUUGCUUAUGGUAUAUUGCUUUUAGAAGUGGCGUGCGGUCGCAGGCCAAUCGAGCCCACUGCUCAAACGGAACAGCUACUUCUGAUGGACUGGGUGAGGGAGUGCAAACUAAGAGGCCAGCUAUUGGAGGUUGUGGAUCCCAAGCUUGGGGAGUCCUAUGUGAGGGAGGAAGUUGAGCUGGUACUUAAGCUAGGACUGGUUUGUUCUCAGUCCAUUCCAGAGGUCAGGCCUACCAUGAGGCAGGUGAUCCAAUAUCUCAACGGGGAUGACAGUCUCGCAGAUGAUAUGGCCCUUGUGUUCUCAGAAACUGAUUCUUUGGCAUCACGCUUCUCAUAUCCUUCAUCCUUUGAUCCGGUGUCUUCCAACUCCCUCAGCGGAGUUGGGCAGAUGUGAGAGGGUUCCAUGACCAGUAUGUACAAAGGCUUUCACGGGUGCUUUCGACUUCUUGUUAGUUUAUGGCAUGCAUG